AUGAACAUUGUAAGAGGUGUUGCUGGUCUUAUUCGAAGGACAUCUGGCUAUGGUGGUGACUAUAGUGUAGGGUCAGCAUCUCAUAAGUUCCCUGUUCCAUCUCCAAAAAAUUGGGAGCCAUUAGAUUUAGAUAAUUCCACAGAAGCUGCUUUGGGUGUUGCAUCUGGGGAGGAGUCUGAAAAUCCUGAUGAGGUUAUCAUUGGCUGUUCUGCUGCACAUCCUGCUGAAAUCAUAGUGAUCUUGAUAGAAGAAGUUACAAAUAUAACAGCUAUGGUCACUGAAUGCAUAUCAGGUUCUUCAAGUAACUUGGUCAUUCCACCUGAAGGUUUUCGUGUCUUAAAAUGUUUGACUAUCAUGACCCGGUCAAUGCAUAACUGUAAAGUUUUGGGCUAUUAUGGUGGUAUUCAAAAGCUGACAGCGCUAAUGAAAGCUGCUGUUGUCCAAUUGAAAACCAUUGCUGGCGCGCUUUCAGCUGAUGAAACUUUAUCGAGUUCUAAUGUACAAAAGGCUGGUGUUUUACAAAAAAUACUUGUACAUGUGGUUUCAAUUUUAUGCGGGUUUAUCAAUUUACAGCUAGAUAUAUAUGGAAAAGCUCAGAUAGACGUUGACAACUUGGAGGAUAGUAUUGAAAAAAUGGCCACAACCCCAGAACCUUUCAUUGAUUCAAGGGAUCCUCUUUCUGAAAAAAGAUUGCAGUGGCAUCAGAAGGCAGUCAUAUCAGUGAUGGAAGCUGGUGGUCUUAAUUGGUUAGUAGAGCUGUUGCGGGUGAUUAGACGAUUAAGUUUAAAAGAACAAUGGACAGAUUCGUCUCUUCAGUAUAUGACUUUAAGGACUCUUCAGUUGGCAUUGACUGAUAACCCACGUGGUCAAAACCAUUUUCGGAGCAUUGGGGGCCUUGAGGUGUUGUUGGAUGCUUUGGGAGUUCCAUCAUUUAACUCUUUAAGUUCAAGGAAUUCAUCUUCUUCUGAUCAUGGAAGUGGAGAUGGAAAUCGUUUAAUGUGGGUUUUGCAGCUCCAUGUUCUUUCUUUGGAGGUCCUCAGAGAAGCUGUUUUUGGCAACUUGAACAAUUUGCAAUUUCUCUGUGAAAAUGGAAGAGUGCACAAAUUUGCAAAUAGCUUUUGUUUGCCAGCAUUCGUGUUUCAAGAAUUCAUGCAACAAAGAAGCAACUCAUCGGUGGAGGAUGAUUUGAAAGCCAAUAUUCAGAGUACAGGAAUAACAGAAACUUCUUCGUCUGUGAAUAAACCUAGUUGUCAGUAUUGGAGUAAUUAUACUGUUAAUUUGAGCAAAACCCUUUAUUCCUUUAUUAUCCCAUUAGAGGAUUUAAGAUCACAUCAAGUGCAAUCGGGUCGUAGUACUUUUCCAUUUUCCUCUGUCUAUGGGGAACUUUCAAUAAAGUUCAUGAUGAGGGUUCUUCUAACUGUAUUUCCAAGCAUCAAGGCCUUUUCAAAUCAAAAUGAGCUUCCUAGCCACUUAAGAAUAUUUCUGUAUUCACUGCAGCAUUAUGUGCUAUUUGUAUUUAGGAAGAUUCUAGUUUUAUCCCCCUCAUCACUGGAUGUAUUUCGGUCAGAAGGGGUGUGGGAUUUUAUCUUUUCAGAGCACUUCUAUUUUGGAAGUGGUUCAAAAGUAAUUCCUGAAGCUUAUUUUAACUAUAGUGAUGAUCGCCCAUGGAGCACUGAGCCUUUUACUCGUUCAAGAUCCACUAACAAACGAGUACCAAGCUAUGAAACUGAUAUCCUUCAAACAAAUGUAAUUUCUGUUGUGGAGUUUGCUGCAACACUGGAUGCAACUUCACAUAAUAUGCCUGAAUGCUCUGUGCUGUUAGAUGCCCUGGAACUGUUUGCUUGUAAUCCUGAGGUUACCACUGGUCUAGCAAAGUGUCUACUCCACAUUUUGCAGCUUGCACCUGAGAAAACGUUUACUUCUUUUAAGACACUUGAUGCAAUUCCUCGUGUGGUCAAAGUUACUUGUAUUCAAGCUCAAGAGUCCAAAAGACCUGAAAGUGAAAGGAGUAGUUCACAAAUUUUAAAGAAAUCAAAGUCACCAGGGAAUGUUCGUGGUUGGCGGGAUAGUAUGGAAGCUUGCAUGCAGCUUUUUGCAGAGUUCUUUUCGGUUACUGAAGAAGCAAAGUUUUUGGUUUUGAAUAGUUCUACAUGUAUCGAUUGUUUGUUUGAUCUUUUCUGGGAAGAAUGUUUGAGAAGUUCCAUGCUUUCUUAUAUCUUUGCCCUCAUGAAGAUCAUUCCAUCUUCUGAAGAAGACCAAAAGGCAAAGUUAUACUUAUGUUCCAAAUACUUGGAAACCUUUACACAUCUCAAAGAAAGGGAGAAAAACUUUGCAAAACUAUCAAUUGAUCUACUGGUUGGGAUGAGAGACAUGCUUGUGAAAGACCGGAUGUACUUCCAGACUUUGUUCCGUGAUGGUGAGUGUUUUCUGCAUGUUGUAUCUUUAUUGCAUGGGUAUGCUGAAGAUGAUGAGGGUGAAAAGCUGGUUUUAAAUGUUCUUCAAACUCUAACCUCUCUGCUUACGGGUAAUGAUGCCUCCAAGACUGCUUUCCGAGCUCUUGUUGGAAAAGGUUACCGGACACUGCAAAGUUUGCUGUUAGACUUCUGUCACAGAAGACCCAAUGCAGGUCUUUUAACCGCUCUACUCGAUAUGCUUGUUGAUGGAAAGUUUGAUCUCAAAAAGAAUCCUGUUAUGAGGAAUGAAGAUGUUAUCUUGCUUUAUCUGAGUGUAUUGCAGAAGAGCAGUGACUCAAUGCGAAAUGAAGGGCUGAACAUGUUUCUUCAUCUACUCAGAGAUUCCAUAUCAAAUAGAGCUUCAUGUGUCCGAGUGGGAACACUUAGUUUUCUUCUUGACUGGUUUCCUUGUGAAGAUAAUGACAGUGUUGUCCUCAAAAUUGGCCAGUUAAUUCAGGUCACUGGUGGACAUAGUGUAUCUGGGAAAGAAAUUCGCAAAAUAUUUGCUCUACUUCGAAGUGAGAGAGUGGGGACCCGCCAGCAGUAUUGCUCAUUAUUAUUAACCAAUAUUUCAUCUAUGCUAAAUGAAAAGGGACCCACAGCCUUCUUUAACUUUGAUGGAAAUGAUUCUGGAAUAAUAAUCAACACGCCACUGCAGUUACCUCUUUAUAAAGGAUAUUCUUUUUCUUGUUGGCUUCGUGUAGAAAGCUUUCCUACAAAUGGAACAAUGGGGCUUUUUAGUUUUCUUUCAGAUAGUAGAAGAGGAUGCUUGGCUGUCCUUGCAAAGGAUAGGCUUAUUUUUGAGUCAAGAUAUCAGAAGCAACAGUGUGUUUCAUUUCCUCUCAAUCUUGUUGGUAAAAAAUGGCAUUUUCUGUGCCUAACUCACAGUAUUGGCAGAGCUUUCUCAGGAGGGAGUCUAGUAAAAUGUUAUCUGGAUGGAGCUCUUGUUUCUUCAGAAAAAUGCAGCUAUCCCAAAGUCAAUGAACCGUUGACCGGUUGCAUGAUAGGAGCACCGAUUAAUUUGCUUUCUUAUGAAGAAGAUACCACUUCCUCUUCCAGCAAAGAAUCAUCUCCAUUUUUUGGUCAAAUCGGUCCAGUUUAUCUCUUCAAUGAUGCCAUCACUUCUGAACAAGUGCAGGGAAUCAAUUUCCUAGGCCCAAACUACAUGUACUCUUUUCUUGAUAAUGAAGUUACAGUUUCUGCUGAUAACCCACUGCCCAGUGGGGUUCUUGAUGCCAAAGAUGGUCUGGCUUCUAAGAUUAUAUUUGGACUCAAUGCACAGGCUAGCAAUCGCAGGGCGUUAUUUAAUGUUUCAUCUUUGCUGGAUCAUGCGGUUGACAAGAGUUCAUUUGAGGCAACUGUUAAAAAUGGGACUCAACUAUGUUCUCGGCGAUUGUUGCAACAGAUUAUCUACUGUGCUGGGGGCGUUUCUGUCUUUUUCCCUCUCUUCACCCGCAUCGAUUUGUACGAGAAUGACAGUCAGAAUCUGCUGACACCUAUAACUAAAGAGCGCAUAACUGCUGAAAUCAUUGAGCUUAUUGCCUCUGUUCUAGAUGAAAACCUCUCAAAUCAACAGCAAAUGCUCAAUCUUUCUGGAUUUUCGGUUCUUGGUUUUCUGUUGCAGUCACUCCCUUCCCAACAACUUAAUAUGGAUACCUUAUCGGCUCUCAAACAUAUGCUAAAUGUCAUCUCAAAUUGUGGCUUGGCUGAAGUCCUUGUGGAGGAUGCAAUAUCGCAUGUAUUUCUCAAUCCUUUCAUCUGGGUAUAUGCAGCCUACAACGUGCAAAGAGAACUAUACAUGUUUCUCAUUCAGCAAUUUGAUAAUGAUCCAAGGCUUCUAAAAUCUUUAUGUCGUUUUCCACGUGUUCUUGAUAUAAUCCACCAGUUUUACUGGGAUAAAAUGCCUUCUCCCAUUGCUGGAAGCAAACCUCUCUUGCAGCCUAUAACCAACAAAGAUUUUGGAGAGAGGCCCAACAAAGAAGAAAUACAAAAAAUACGGCUGCUUUUACUGAGUAUUGGUGAAAUGAGUCUUAAGGAGCAUAUUACAGUGUCGGAUAUUGAAUCUCUUGUAUCCUUUUUUGAGACAAGUCAAGACAUGGCAUGCAUUGAGGACAUUUUACAUAUGAUUAUCCGAGCUCUUUCUCAAAAAUCACUGCUUGCAUCUUUUCUUGAGCAAGUCACUGUAGUUGGCGGCUGUCGUCUUUUUGUCAAUCUGCUUCAAAGGGGCUAUGAACCAAUCCGAUUGCUCGGUUUGCAAUUCCUGGGAAGACUUUUGGUUGGUAUCCCAUCUGAGAAAAAGGAGUCAAAAUUCUUUACUUUAGCCAUGGGAAGAUCAAAGACUCUUCUAGAAGGCCCCAAGAGAAUCGAGUUAAGGCUGCCACCCAUUUUCUCUGCCAUGUCAGACAGGCUGUUCCGAUUUCCUCAGACAGAUCUUCUUUGUGCAACUUUUUUCGAUGUUCUUCUUGGUGGUGCUAGCCCGAAACAGGUUAUACAGAGACAUAAUCAGCCUGAGAAGCAAAGAAACAAAGGAACCAAUGUGCAGUUCUUCCUACCUCAAAUAUUGGUUCUCAUUUUUAAAUUUAUGUCUAACUGUGAGGAUGCAAAUUCAAGAAUAAAAAUACUUGAAGAUCUGCUUGAAUUGCUAGAUUCAAAUACCUCUAACAUUGAGGCACUUAUGGAAAAUGGAUGGCAAGCAUGGUUAGUUGCUUCCAUGAAGCUUGAUGUGUUGAAAACCUACAAAAUGAAACCACAACGUGAUGGUGACCCUGAAUUAGUUGAGCAGAACCAUGUGAAGACCUUAUUUUCUCUAGUUCUAUGUCACUACAUACAGUCAUCAAAAGGUGGAUGGCAACCUCUGGAAGAGACUGUGAAUUUUCUCCUGAUGCAAUAUGAACAUGGUGGCAAGUCAUAUUGGUACCUGCUACGUGAUAUAUAUGAGGAUUUGAUGAAGAGGCUUGUGGACUUAUCUUCUAGAGAAAUUAUCCUUUCCUCACAGCCAUGUCGUGACAAUACAUUGUACCUUCUGAAACUAGUUGAUGAGCUGCUGAUCUCUGAACUUGAUAACAAGCUUCCAUUUCCAGCAUGUGGCUAUGAUUUCUCUCCUGAACACAUUCGGUUGGAAAAUGAUAGAGAUCUUGUUUCUGCUUUGUAUGAGGCCCUUCAGGGAGAUGGUCAUGAUCAUAUCUCAAAGGCUCACAAGCAGUCUGUCUCUAAUCAAAUUGAAAAGAUUGAUGAAUCAUGGUGGAAUCUGUAUGACAAUUUAUGGGUUGUGAUUAGUGAAAUGCAUGGGAAAGGGCCAAGCAGGUUGUUACCAAAAUCAUCAUCAUCUGUAGGGCCAUCUUUUGGUCAAAGAGCACGUGGUUUGGUCGAGUCACUUAACAUUCCUGCUGCAGAGAUGGCUGCUGUUGUUGUGUCAGGAGGACUCACAAAUGCACUCAGUGGGAAACCAAACAAAGUAAUCGAUAAAGCUAUGCUGCUAAGGUCUGAAAAGUGUUCAAGGAUUGCUUUUCGACUUAUGAUCGUAUAUCUAUGCAAAUCUUCUCUUGAAAGAGCUUCACGAUGUGUCCAACAGUUCAUUCCCAUACUGCCCUGUAUCCUCUCUGCUGAUGAUGAACAAAGCAAAAGUCGACUACAAGUUUUUAUCUGGGCAUUGCUUGCUGUUAGAUCCCAGUUUGGGAUGUUGGAUGAUGGUGCUCGGUUUCAUGUCAUUGCUCAUUUGAUCCGUGAAGCAGUCGACUGUGGGAAGCUGAUGUUGGCAACCAGUAUUGUUGGAAGAGAUGAUUUAUUAGAUACAAGCAGUGUCUCAAAGGAAUCCGGAACAAUCCAGAACUUGAUACAAAAGGAUCGCGUGCGUAUUGCGGUUUCAGAUGAGGUUAAAUAUUUAAGAAAUAGCCGUGCCGAGCAAACAAAACAAGUUGCUGAGUUUCGUGUUAGAAUGAAUGAAAUUAUAUCUUCUGAUUUGAAUCAAUGGAGAGCUUUUGAAGAUGAUAUACGCAGUAGCUUAAAUUCUAUUCUUGCCUCAGAUGACAGCAGAAGAGCUUCCUUCCAGCUUGCUCAUGAUGAGGAGCAACAAGUCACCGCUGAAAAUUGGAUACAUAUACUUCGCACUCUGAUAGAUGAAAGAGGUCCAUGGUCAGCUAAUCCAUUCCCUAACAAAAUUGUUACACACUGGAAGCUUGACAAGACAGAAGACAGAUGGAGGCGUAGGCAGAAGUUAAGACAAAAUUAUCAUUUUAAUGAAAAGCUUUGUCAUCCUCCUUCAACUGUUCCUACCAAUGGGACUGUUCCUUCUCCACCCGAAACAAAGUCAGGUGAGCAGAAGGCUUCCACCAGUGAGGAUUUACCGGAGAGACAGAACUCAGAGGCUCCAAAAGAGGAAAGUGAGCAGAGGGAUUUCCAUGACAGGAAAGAUCAUUCCUCUACUACUACUAGCUCAAUAGAGUCGGAGGUCCUCAUGUCUGUUCCAUGUGUACUUGUUACACCAAAAAGGAAACUAGCAGGUCGUUUGGCUGUGAUGAAGAAGUUUCUACAUUUUUUUGGGGAGUUCUUGGUUGAAGGCACAGGUGGAUCAUCUGUUUUUAGAAAUAUUCAAGCAUCGGGUGGUUUUGAUUCAAAUAGAACCGAUAAUUUAGCAGCACAAAAGCAAAAGUUCAUCAAAUGGCCACUUAAUUUAGAUUUAACAUCCGAGGGGGAAGCCUCUGAUAACAUAAAUGCAGUUCUUGGUAAUCUUCUUCAGAAGCAAUCUGAAAACAUCAAGCGCCAUAGAAGAUGGGAAAUUGGCAAGAUAAAGGCUGUCCACUGGACUCGCUAUUUGCUCAGAUACACUGCCAUAGAGAUUUACUUCAACGAUUCAACCGCUCCAAUAUUUUUUAAUUUUGCAUCAAAUAAAGAAGCCAAAGAUGUUGGAAGCUUGAUAGUUUCCACUAAAAACGAAUCUGUUUCUCCAAAGGGGUACAGAGACAAAUCUGGAGUUAUUUCCUUCAUUGAUAGACGUGUUUCAUUGGAGCUUGCUGAAACUGCAAGAGAAAGCUGGAGGAGAAGAGACAUUACAAACUUUGAAUAUUUAAUGGUUCUCAAUACCCUUUCGGGUAGAUCAUAUAAUGAUUUGACUCAGUAUCCUGUGUUUCCUUGGGUAGUGGCAGAUUAUUCAUCUGACACUCUUGAUUUUAGCAAAUCUUCUACUUUUCGUGAUCUUUCAAAGCCUGUUGGAGCACUGGAUCAAAAACGGUUUGAGGUUUUUGAAGAUAGAUACCGUAACUUCUCUGACCCUGAUAUCCCCAGUUUCUUUUAUGGAUCCCAUUACUCAAGCAUGGGCAUUGUGCUAUAUUAUCUCCUUAGGUUAGAGCCUUUUACAGGCCUCCACCGUACAUUGCAGGGUGGUAAAUUUGACCAUGCAGACCGACUUUUUCAAAGUAUUGAGAGCACUUAUCGGAACUGCCUUUCUAAUACAAGUGAUGUGAAGGAGUUAGUGCCUGAAUUCUAUUACAUGUCAGACUUUCUUGUUAACUCAAACUCUUACCAUUUUGGAGUGAAACAAGAUGGUGAACCUUUGAAUGAUGUUGGCCUCCCUCCUUGGGCCAAGGGAUCACCUGAAGAAUUCAUAAGUAUAAACAGAGAAGCACUAGAAAGUGAAUAUGUUAGUUCAAAUCUCCACCACUGGAUUGAUUUAAUCUUUGGUUACAAACAACGUGGAAAACCAGCAGUCGAGGCAGCAAAUAUCUUCUAUUAUUUAACAUACGAAGGAGCUGCUGAUUUAGAAACAAUGGAAGACGAGUUACAAAGGGCAGCCAUUGAAGACCAGAUUGCUAAUUUCGGUCAAACCCCAAUUCAAAUCUUCCGGAAGAAACAUCCUCGACGGGGCCCACCAAUCCCAAUCGCCCACCCUCUACGAUUUGCCCCUUCUUCCAUUACUUUAUCCUCAAUAGUUUCUAGUACAAGUACACAUCCUUCAGCUGUGUUGUAUGUCGGUAUAUCAGAGUCACAUGUUGUCCUUGUGAAUCAGGGACUCACCAUGUCAGUCAAACUAUGGUUGACCACCCAAUUGGCAUCUGGUGGGAACUUCACCUUUUCUAGCUCACAGGAUCCUUACUUUGCGAUUGGUGCUGAUGUGGUUUCGCCUCGUAGAAUUGGUAGCCCUUUGGCUGAAAAUAUUGAACUCGGAGCACAAUGUUUUACAACAAUGCAGACACCAUCUGGCAAUUUUCUUGUUUCAUGUGGCAAUUGGGAAAAUAGCUUUCAGCUCAUUUCCCUUAAUGAUGGACGAUUGGUGCAGAGUGUCCGACAGCAUAAAGAUGUUGUUAGCUGUGUUUACGUUACAUCGGAUGGCAGCAUCUUAGCAACGGGUAGCUACGACACAACCGUGAUGAUUUGGGAAGUUUUACGUAUGCGGACCCCAAGUGACACCUCCCACCGCAAAGACCACGUCAUCGCUGACACACCAUUCCACAUCCUAUGUGGACACGAUGACGUCAUCACAUGCGUAUACGCGAGCACAGAGCUGGACAUAGUGAUCAGCGGAUCAAAAGACGGGACGUGCGUAUUCCACACCCUCCGGAAAGGCCGAUACCUGCGGUCCCUCCAACACCCGUCUGGGUGCCAGCUGUCAAAACUGGUGGCAUCUAGGCACGGAAGGAUCUUGCUUUAUGCUGACGAUGAUUUGAGUUUGCAUCUUUAUUCGAUUAACGGGAAGCAUCUGAAUUCGUGCGAGUCGAACGGGAGGUUGAAUUGUAUUGAGUUGAGUGGGUGUGGUGAGUUUGUGGUGUGUGGGGGGGAUCAGGGACAGAUUGUGGUGAGGUUGAUGAGGUCGCUUGAGAUAGUUGGGAGCCAGACCUACACCUACACCUACACCUACACCUACUUCUGGGACGUGAUUUCAUGCUCAUUCAUACCUUUAGUUGACUUGAGUUCAGUGCAGAUUAUGAUAACCAAAAUGAUGACUUUACCAAGAUGUACAACAAUACACAGACAGUAGUACCUAUAUAAAUAUUCGUGCAUUUUCCCCCUUUCAAUACUCCCAAGGAAAACGGUGAAACUAUGGGUUCGACACAUUCUAACACACACUAAUUCAUGUACAUUAUAUGUGGCCUC